AGAUCCUGUCGCCUGCGGCAGGUCCAUAUUGGUGCAUUGUUCGCGGUUCCGCUGAGCUGAGGGCUUGCUGGGCCAGCGCUCUCCAAUCCGAUGGGGACCGGAUGGCGGAUAGCAUUCGCAAACAUGUCUUAGUUAUUAGGGGCGAUACCACAUGUUACCGGGGCUGAGCGUGAGAACGUUGCCGUCUCACGUGAAAGACGUGAAAGACGUGAACAUCGUAAGCAAACGGCACAUGGAAGCUCAAGUCAACGCUACGACGGUCAGCAUCUGGAGCUGCCGGCCUUGGUGGUGGACACCAACGGACCGAACCUGCUCGGCCGAGAUUGGCUGAGAGUCUUGAAGCUCAACUGGCAAGACAUCAAGCAGGAAGCAGGUGGAGGAACAGCUGGAGGCAGAAGUGGAAGCUGGUAUCCUGGAGCCAGUUCGAACAUCCGAGUGGGCCUGUCAGAUUGUGCCCAUUGUGAAGCCGGACGGUACCGUCGUCUGGCGUUCGGAGUCUCGUCAGCUGUGGGAAUUUUCCAGCGCGAGAUGGAGAGACUGCUGGCGGGAGUCCCCGGAGCCUUCAUAUAUCUGGAUGACAUCUUGCUGUGUGGACACGACGAAGACGAGCUUCUGCAGCGGCUGGAACGUGUUCUGCGGCUCUUCCAGGAGGCAGGACUCAAGCAUCAUCACCGAGUGCGUUCGGAGGAGGGAGAUGUGCUGCUCAUCAAUCAUCUGGAGGAGACUGGCAUCCUCAGUCCGGACAAGUUAGCCGUGCUCACCAAUAGAGACCCUGUUCUGAGUCGAGUCUUACACUGCAUUCGGACUGGUUGGCCAGACAAACCUGAUGACGCACUAAAGCCGUUUGCAAUGCGCCAAACAGAGCUGCACACUGUCAAAAACGUGAUAAUGUGGGGUACUCGAGUGGUAAUACCGGAUACCGCUCGUAGAUCUAUACUCACUGAGCUGCACAGCUGUCAUUUUGGAAUGGUAAAGAUGAAGGCCCUCGCUCGUACCGCUGUAUGGUGGCCUGGAAUUGAUAGGGAUGUGGAGACUCUGGCCGCGCGGUGUUACAUGUGCCGAGUUCAUAGCCCGAGCCCGCCGAAGGAGGAGCUGCAUCCCUGGCAGUAUCCUCCAAGGAGCUGGUCCAGACUCCACAUAGAUUUUGCUGGACCGAAGAAUGGGAAGUAUUUUUUGGUCCUAGUGGACGCGCAUUCAAAAUGGAUUGAAGUGGCUAUGAUGAACUCGAUGGAGGCAAAGUCUACCGUGAAGACACUGACAGGCAUGUUCGCGCGUUUCGGUCUACCGGACGUUAUUGUGAGUGACAAUGCGCCCACGUUUACCAGCUCUGAGUUUCAGCAGUUCCUGACUCGGAACCGGAUCGAUCACCGUACCAUCGCACCCUACUGUCCACAGUCCAACGGCCUGGCGGAGAGAGCGGUCCGUGAGCUAAAGGUUCGACUGGACAAACUGUCUGAUGUGUCUUAUCUUUCCAUGCAGGAAGUCAUCGACAAAUGGCUGUUCCUGUACAGAGUCACGCCGCACGCCACCACCGGAGAGACGCCUGGCCAACUUCUUCUGGGGUACAAGCCCAUCACAAGGUUGGACAAGCUGAAACCAGACAUUGAAGGUAAAGUGAGGCAGAAUCAGUUGGCGCAGGUGCAAGGCCACAGGCGAAAAUGUCCGACAAAAAGGCAACCAUUUGAGAUUGGUCAAUUGGUUUGGGCAAGACAGUAUGGCAGACAUGCCCCAUUGUGGGCAACAGCGGUCGUAAAGAAGUGUUUACAUCCACUGUACUGGGUCGUGUUAAACGGUCAGAUGCAAAAACGUCACAUGAAUCAAUUGUGUGCGCAGGACGUGACUGCACCGGAGCCGGAGGUGACUGCACCGGAGCCGGAGGUGACUGCACCGGAGCCGGAGGUGGCUGCGGAUCGGCGGACGGUGGACCUCGCUCUGAUGCCGGCGCCGCUUCAGCAGCCGCUGAAUCCUGCUGCUGCCGACGGCGACGGCGAGUGCUCGCCAUCUCGGCAAACGAGCCUCCGGUGUGCCGCACCGUCUGCGGCCGGGGCGUCCGAGUGUUCCGCUGCCGAGUCGGCUGGCGGUGCUGCACUGGCCGCCUCUGCCGAGCGGCGCUCACCGGCGGCCGCUGUGGGACGGCCAUCGACUGGUGAUGCGGGCGAGUGUGUAUCGAUUGGCAGUGAUACGUUGGAGCAUGCACCGCGUCAAGCUCCUGAGAAUCCUGAACAAUCGCGGCGCUAUCCUGUGCGAGAGCGGCGACCGGUUCAACUAUAUCCUGCGUAGGGUGUUUCCGGGUGUCCAUUGUGUUGUUUAUGUUUGGUAGUCUCAAUUUAGUUGGCCAUUUUUGUUGAUAGUGGAAAUUUGGGGUGGAGGUGUUGUGGCUGGGAUUGGCUGUGCCGUGCCGGCCAGCUGGGCUAGAUAGCCUGAGGCGCUGAUGGCGUGACCUGGCGGCCGGCGUCCGGCGGCCGCGCGGCUGGGUGUGCCAGUCUGUGCCCGGUGCCCACACGGGCUGGUGUCGUGACGACAAUACAGUGCUGCUUGGA